AUGCUAGCAUUGGCGGCGGCUGAAGAGCCAGCGCUCGACACGACCUUACGCACGCGAUUGGCAGGACCAUCGUCGCAUAAGGCAGGCCUGGACGAAGUGGACAAAGAACAAGUGAAUCGUAUUAUUUACGAAGCUUCGAAAGGCUCAUCUUUUUUUGAGAAUGAGCGUAAAAAGGAUGCGGCCACCACCAAACGCAUCGAAGCCUUACUGGUGCAGUACGAAAAAAUCAGGCACAAUGAUUUGUCCUUAGAAACGCGCAUUGUUGAUCACAUGCUGCAUGAUAUGGAAAGUAAACGCGAUUUGACUCAAGUGAUCUGUCAUGUGGAUAUGGAUGCAUUUUAUGCGUCUGUGGAAGAGCUUGAGCGACCGGAAUUAAAGCAAGUGCCAAUGGCCGUCGGUAGCAUUGGUAUGCUUUGCACAAGUAACUAUAUCGCUCGUAAAUAUGGCGUUCGCAGCGCCAUGCCCGGAUACAUCGCCUUGAAACUUUGUCCUUCGCUUCAAAUCAUCCCUCUUCACUUUCCAAAGUACAGAGCUGCGUCAGCCAAGGUGCGAGCGAUCUUUGCUAAGUACGAUCCACAUUUCUGCCCAAUGAGUCUGGAUGAGGCUUACUUGAACCUGACCGAGUAUCUGAAAACAUCCGAUUUGAAUCCUGCGCAGCUCGUCGAGAAAAUUCGGCAGGAAAUAUUUGAAGAAACACAGCUGACAGCAAGCGCAGGCAUUGCUGCGAAUCGCAUGCUUGCUAAAGUUUGCAGCGAUAUCAACAAACCCAAUGGUCAGUUUUACUUACCAAACGACCAAGAAGCCAUUUUCGAGUUUGUGGAUCCAUUGCGAAUACGAAAGGUACCUGGUAUUGGACGUGUCACGGAGAGAAUCCUUGAAGCUCUGGAAGUGAAAACAUGUGGCGACGUCUACCGCCAACGGGCCAUCUUGUACAAGCUAUUGAGCCCCAUCAACUUCAAAUUCAUGCUUAAAUGUCAUCUCGGCAUCGGAUCCACUACCAUUAGUGAAGAGACCGUCAGGAAGAGCAUCAGUGUAGAACGAACUUUCCGAGCCAUUUCUGAUACAACUCUGUUAAUGGAAAAAGUGGAUGAACUGGCCGUUCUGCUGGCACAAGAUCUGGCCAAAAGCAACGUCGAGGGAAAAACUAUCACCAUCAAGCUUAAACUGACUACGUUUGAGUUACGGACACGAGCUAAAACAAUACCGGCAUAUACGUCACAAACAAGCGACAUAACACGAAUAGCUCGAGAGUUGCUGUUAAAGGAACUACCGGUGAAUCUCCGAUUAAUGGGUCUCAGGAUGUCCAACUUGCGACCACGCGGCCAAGAUGAUCAAGGUGUGAAAAAGGUAAGUCAGAGCGAUGAUCCUGGGGAAUGCUUCACAAAACUGAUACGGCUAUGA